CUUGCUAUGUUGCCCAGGCUGGCCUAACUCCUGAGCGAACCUCUCACUUUGCCUUCCAAAGUGCUGGGAUUGCAUUCCCACCAGCAAUGUACAAGGGCUAUCUCAAAUGGUUAUUAGAGGAAUAAAUGAAUGAAUUACUCAUUAAAGCAUAUGUGUGAAUAACUUGGAAAUGAAAAACAGCUUUGAAAAAAAGAUUCAGGAACAGCGAGUUGAAGAGGCAGGGAAAAGCAAUUAGGAAUCAGGUGGCAAUUAGACCUCCGUAGACAGGUAGAUCUUCCCUCCUUCAAUUAGGGAAAUGGGUAGCAGCAGCUCCCCUUAGAAUCUGAAAUAAAUGGAGAAGCCACGGAGGAAUUUGAGCCAACUUGAUCAGGAGAAAGAAGGGGUGGAUGAAGGUGGAAGGCAAAACAAGGACACAGACAAACCGCACUAGGAGGGUGGGCUGUGCCUGAGCACCUGGUGAGGAUGGAGCGCUUUGUGCGCGUUCCCUAUGGCUUUUACCAGGGGUAUGGGAACACACUGCCUUUGGGUCAGCCUGGACUCCCAGGGCACAAACAGCCCGACUGGAGGCAAAAUAUGGGUCCCCCCACCUUCCUGGCUAGGCCAGGGCUGCUGGUGCCCGCGAAUGCCUCUGACUACUGCAUGGACCCUUACAAGAGGGCGCAGCUUAAGGCCAUUCUCUCCCAGAUGAACCCUAGCCUGAGCCCGCGGCUGUGCAAGGCCAACACCAAGGAGGUGGGCGUGCAGGUGAGCCCGCGGGUGGACAAGUCCGUGCAGUGCUCGCUGGGGCCCCGCACCCUGCGCAGCCGCUCCUCCUGGGACUGCACCGGCCCGAGGGAGCCCCCGCCGGCCUGCGGAGUCUACUCCCCUGUCCCGGGCAGCAGGGGCUUGAUCCGGCUGCGGGAAGAUGGGGACAACAAGGAGCAUCCGGGUCCUGCCCAGGCCAGCCAGCAGCAGCCACCAACGCCAAGGUCAGAAGAUGACAGGCAGGAGGAGCCGGGACAGCCCGAUGAGCUGGGGGAGGAAGAUGCCCCCCGCCUUCAGGAAAGGAAGAGCAGACAGGUGCGUGGAGUCGCAGGCGCCAAUCCGCUCCGGAAGCCCAACUUCCAGUUUUUGGAACCAAAAUAUGGCUAUUUUCACUGUAAAGAUUGUAAGACCAGGUGGGAGAGUGCUUAUGUGUGGUGCAUUUCUGGAACUAAUAAGGUUUAUUUCAAACAACUCUGUUGCAAAUGCCAAAAGAGUUUUAACCCUUAUCGAGUAGAAGCAAUCCAAUGUCAGACCUGUUCAAAGUCUCGUUGCUCCUGUCCUCAAAAGAAAAGACACAUUGAUCUAAGGAGGCCUCAUCGACAAGAACUGUGUGGUCGCUGCAAAGACAAGAGAUUCUCCUGUGGCCACAUUCACAGCUUUAAAUACAUCGGGUGAUGGGCAGUGUGGCUGUGUACAGGGCACCUGAGCUCUACUCGUAACUUGUCAUGCUGUCUUCCUUUUUUGUAACUUGGCUCUGACCUGGCAGUGGGAAACGGACUAGACUUUUGUACUUUUUGUAGGUUGUAUAACAAUUGUACAAUGUGAAUAAAAUACAAUAAAUGCAUGUGAACUAGACCGUGAAGGCACAUUGAUUUGCAAUCCCUGGGUAAAAACAUCAAUAUAGCAUUGGGAAAUGGUAGAUACUGUCACUUAUGUCAGUGGUCUCCAACCUUUUUGUCACCAGGGACUGG